AUGGUUGCCGCGAUUCCUCCAUACAACUUUCACCAUCGUAGUAAUAAUAAUAAUUCUAUUGAUAUGAAUCUACCACGAGAUAUAGCGACGGUUGCUGAAGAUCCAACUCAGUCGCAAAGUUUACAAGAUCUUUUGGAGAUGAGUCCCUUGGCCACAUCACAAAUUAUGAUCGAACGACUUUCUGAUAAUAUCCAUAACCUUAUGAAUCUACCACGAGAUAUAGCGACGGUUGCUGAAGAUCCAACUCAGUCGCAAAGUUUACAAGAUCUUUUGGAGAUGAGUCCCUUGGCCACAUCACAAAUUAUGAUCGAACGACUUUCUGAUAAUAUCCAUAACCUUAUGAAUCUACCACGAGAUAUAGCGACGGUUGCUGAAGAUCCAACUCAGUCGCAAAGUUUACAAGAUCUUUUGGAGAUGAGUCCCUUGGCCACAUCACAAAUUAUGAUCGAACGACUUUCUGAUAAUAUCCAUAACCUUAUGAUUACUCAACAUGGCCAAAGCUUAUUCUUCAAACUGAUUGAAAAUUGCAACCCUAAUCAGCUCAACCAAAUUGUGACCAAUUUGGGUCAGAUGAUCCCUAAUGUUGCCUUAGAGAUAUAUGGAAACUUUGUCAUGCAGACUACGGUACAAUUUCUAGGUAUGGAAGUAGGUGAAUAUGUAUGUGCACGCCUAAAAGGCCAAUACGUUGCAUUAUCGAUUACGAAGAAUGGUAGUCAUUUGGUAGAGAAAUGCAUCAGAUACAAUCCUCGAGGGAUAUUCUAUCUUGUUGAAGAUCUAUUGGAAGAUCCUAAAACACUAAUGAAAGUUGCUCAACAAGAGUUUGGUAACUUCGUUGUCCAAAGUGCACUUGAACUCACUCAGAAUCAACCAGAAAAUGAGGUAGAAGAUCUUCAUAUGCGUCUCUAUGCAACUCUAGAAUAUGAGUUUUCACAAGCCAUAAACAUUACCAAGUACGGGUUAUAUGUGACUAAGUGUAUGAAAAAGAUUACGAGAGUCUUUAUCUAA